UGGAACGCGGUUGUCCUCGAAAAGCAACCUGCACCAUCUCUACUGGACACCGCCCUACCUGAUAAACGACUGAGGAGAGCAACACAGAUAGUGUCGUCUUUUGUAUCUACAGCGCUGGCACCAUCACAAGGUGACAAAGAAGAGCCAACUGAUGAUGCAGCUGAGCCACCGCCUCUGCUGGAGGAUGAUGUUGAAAUUAUCUCAAUCAAGCAGCCAAGACCAUCUAGAGCAUCGAGUGAACCUGGGACUUCGAGAUCAACGUCUUCAUCCCCAUUUCCGGACUGUGGUUUGGGGCCACGUACCUCAACUCCAGGUACCUCUACUGAACAAGCAGAAGUCACCACCAAAGUACCGGCUGCUGCCUCGUCCCCAAUUCCAGACACAGAGGGUAAUGGCGGGGUACAUAUUGCCCUCCCCACAGAG